UGGAGAUUACAAGGAUUACGGGCCAUAUAAACAGAAAACCACGCGUUACCACUGUCAACACCGUUUGACAUUUGCGUGCGUGGCCUUGCGUCGUGUGAUUGCUGGCGGCGUGAGCGGCUGUCAGAUUGUAACCUGCAGUUUAUUUGAAGUAUUUUCUUGCACCUCUUUAUUUUAUUUAUACUGACAUGUCGAAAGUUCUACGCAAUACAUUGAGAAGUUGCGUUAAUUUAACGACUUUAGGAGAAAACUGUUUAUUUGUAAAAUGUUUCAGUUCUAGUUCACUAAGAUACAGAGCAAAGAUUAUUGAUGGUGUUAAGAUAGCUAGAGACAUUCGUAAUGAAUUGAAGGCAGAAGUUAAUGAAUGGGUUGCUCAUGGAAAUAGACAACCCCAUUUGACAGCAAUUCUUGUGGGAGAAGAUCAAGCAAGUCAUGCAUAUGUAUCAGCUAAAAUGAAAGCUGCGAAGUAUGUAGGAAUCACUAGUGAGACUAUCAAAUUACCAGCAACCAUAUCUGAAACAUCACUACUGUCAUACAUUGAUCAAUUAAACAAUGACAAUGGAGUUGAUGGAAUUUUAGUACAGCUUCCUCUGCCUGAGCACAUUACAGAGCGAGCUAUCUGUAACGCUGUUACACCUCACAAAGAUGUUGAUGGUUUUCAUAUAGUAAAUGUUGGUCGUUUCUGUUUGGACAUGAAAACUCUAGUACCAUGUACUCCCCUUGGUGUCCAUGAGCUCAUUAAGAGAUCAGGUGUGCCCACCUUAGGCAAAAAUGCUGUUGUCUGUGGUCGUUCCAAAAAUGUAGGAAUGCCUAUAGCAAUGUUGUUGCAUGCUGAUGGAACAGGGGAGACAGGUGCCAUGGAUGCCACUACAACAAUCUGCCAUCGCUAUACACCUGCUGAUCAACUAGCUAUGCUUACUAGAACUGCAGAUAUUAUUGUCACUGCUGUAGGUAUUCCCAAUCUGAUUCGGGCAGAUAUGGUGAAAGAAGGAGUAUGUAUUAUUGAUGUAGGAAUAACAAGAGUAAAAGAUGAAAAGACUGGCAAAGACAGGCUAGUUGGUGAUGUUGAUUUUGAUGCUGUUGUGGAGAAGGCAGGACACAUCACCCCUGUGCCUGGCGGUGUCGGCCCUAUGACAGUAGCCAUGUUGAUGAAAAACACCUUACUUGCAGCCCGAAAGGAAGUUGUAUAUAACAUUCUGGAUCCAGGUGCAGUUGUACAGAAGAAGGCUUCUCAACUUCGACCUUAAUAUAAAAAAAAACUUCAAGGUGGGGUGGGAGAAGAAAAUUUAAGACUGUCGUGCAUCUAAUGCCAUUAGUGGAUUUUAAAAUCCUGUUGACACCUUUUAUUAUCUUUUGAUAUGGUAACUCAUGACAGCUGUCCUAUCUUAGAAAAAUGUUUGAUGGUUUGUGUCAACAUUAAUCGGCCUGAAAGAUUUAAUUAUUGAUAAGUUAAAUUGCAUCAAUUGGUAUUGGUUCAGGUCACUUUUUGGGUUUUCAUCAACAUUAUUCUUAGCAUGGAUGGAGAUUAAUUUACAAAAAAUAAGUUGGAGAGUUUGUUAAACUAAUAUUCUUAGAACCUAUUUUACUUUUUGGAAAGUAACAAAAUUACUGAACUGAGUUCAGUUUUAGAAGUAUUUUCCUGCACGCAGUCUUAUUUGCACAUAGUGUGAGUAAUGAACGCAGCAGUAUUAUGAGGUUUUAAUGAUUAAUACACAUUUUGUUACAUAGGCUGCUUUUAUUUAAGUGUGCCCUUCACUUUUGUGCCAUUUUUUUAAAGAUAUAAUAAAAUAGUUUCCACUACAUUUCAUUGUUCUUAUUUUACAAUGUAUUCUACAUUUCUAAUUAAACAAUGGAUUUCACAACACAGUUUCAAAUAUAUUAACAUCAACCUUGUGAAACUUUGUGAAAAUACAAAUGGAAACAAAUAUUCAAGCACUUUAGUGCAAUACAUUUUAAUAAUGAAUACAAUAAGAAAAACAAAUGUUACAAAGUUAUGAAAUUUACAUGCUUCUUUUAAUUAUUUUGAAGAAUCCUUGAAGCUUGUUUACAUUUGUGUCUGCUGUAACUACAAUGGAAAGCAAUAGUGAAAACUUGUCUUUUAUUCAAGGAGUAAAUUUAAGAAUAUUUUCUUAUGAGCUCCAACACAAGCUGGAUAAUCCCAAACCAGCAAAUUUUCAUACUCAUAAAACAGUGACAUGAAGACAAGUUCAGAAAGAAAUCUGCUAGUGUUCUCAAUAGUAGUAAAAUAAAGAGAAGAAAGUGUUUGAAAGCUAGUGUUGCUACUCGUAGAUUGCUUAUUAAUGUUUCUAAUUAUUAUUUAAAAUUGGAUAGAUGUGCAAGGUUACAUUGAAACAGUCAAUCACUCAGGAACAAUAGGCUAUACAGAAACCUUGCGUUCUCUUGAACGAAUCCUACAAUAAUAUGCUUUUACUUAGCAAAUUUCAACCAUUGAAGAACCAUGGUAAUAUAAUAUAGAAAAUUAUUUCAAAAACAGUGCUCUUCUAUAAAAACAACCACCAAUAUUUACAACCCCGGUCAAGAAUUUUAAUUAAGGAUUUUCAUGAUUCUACUACCACGUUCAUUAACUUCCCAGUUUCUUCAUUAAGCGACUUUCAAUAAAAAACAGAACAACAUAAGAGAAAAAUAUGAAAGAUUUUAUUUCAUGUAACAUAAAUAUGUCAUCUGCUAUUGAAUGUAAAUUCUAUUUCUGGAACCACAUAUUCUCUCACUGCACACAAAAUAACAACAUAGUAGUUAUCUCACAAAUAUUACAUUCAAUGUUCUUUGGUGAAAUAGGCACAACCAUCUUCGAGAAAUAAAAAUUUGAAUAUUCUUUGAAGUGACUUCAAAUAAAAAGAAAUUUGAAUCAAUAUGCAUUAUCCACACCAUAUUUCUCAAUGAUAAUUAAUACUUGAGUUUUACUAUCUCUACAAAUCUGAGUAAAAUGUUGAAAAAAAUAUUUUAUAGCAUGAACAACAUUGUAACCAAGCAUUUUAAGUAACGUUACAUACCGUCAAUAAUUAUACCAACAAUACAUUGAAAAAGGAAGAGUAAACAGCCUCUAGUAACCAUUUUACAAUAAUGUACAACAAAUUUUGAAUUACAGGCAACAAUUAACAAACUUAAAUCAUGUGACUAUUCACUUGCAGCUGCUUUAAUGACUAAAAUCUGAUAGCCAAGCAAAUAUUUAGUACAUUUGUUAAAGUAUCAUUUGAAAUACUUUUCCUUACACAGCAAGAAUUAGUAACUAAUAAUGUACAAACUUUGAAGAAACAUUACAAUAGUUGUGGAGUAACAGUGUAUGCUUAACAAGAGCAUUUACUAAGUUUCAGAAGAAACGUUAAGGGUGUGAGAUGAUGUAAAGAAAAUGAAACAAUAGGUGGGAAGAAACACGUGACUAGAUGAGAAAAUGGUAUAUAAGAUUUUUACGCAAUGUUCAUAGAACACACAAGAAAUAUAAUUGAGAACACUUUGGCACAUAAAGUUGAAUUAAUUUUCUUUUGGAAGAGAAUAGGACAUUUCCAAAUACUACCAAUUCAAACACUGAAAAAACGAUAUUCAAUUAAAGUUAUUUUUCAAUAUUCAAAUGAAGGAAAUCUGGGACCAGAAAACAGCAAAACUUAGCUAAGAGAUUUUAGUCUACAUUUGGUACAUCCAGAAUCGUUUAGAGCAAGUGUUAGUAAGAAUAUAAAUAAAGUAAGGUAAGACAGUGAACAAAUAUACCUAGUUUCAUUCUUUGCACAGUAGAAAUAAAAUACAAGAUUGAAGAAUGACACCAAUGUACAGACUACAACUGCAACUUCCCUGAGUCUUUACGUAUAUUCCAACUAUUCUACGUGAUAAACAACAAACAAUAAUUAAGCUGCAAAACAAAGCUAAUCUUAAGGUCAUACAGGAAAUUUUGAUAAUAAAAAAAUAAUGAAAAUAUUAUAAUUAGGGAACGGAAUUUAUUGUAAUCAAAAAUGCCAAAAUAUGUACAUACAGUAGGCUAAGCAUUUAUUUUUUCCAAAAUUGUAAGAAAAAGUAUGAAAUAUAUACAAUAAAAUUUUGUGAAAACUUAAAAUGUCUCCAUACAAGCAUUUUCAACUUUUGGAAGAAAAAUGUUAACGGUAAGGUUUUAAACUAUAUUACGAGUGGUUGAACUAACCUCUACAGAUGAAAUUUGACACUAAUCUUACCAACAUAAUACAAAAUAUAAUAUACAAGUACAUACUACAUUCCUACAGGGUUGUUAAUGAGAAAUUGGUUCACAUGUCCACAAUCGUACCACAUGGACAGUGAUAAAACUAGGGGAGGAGGGACAUAGCACCCAAUUCAAUGUAUAUGUAAGGGAACACAAUUUAUUGAUAACAAUUACCACAUUGAUCUCAUCACAGGACUACUUCAAGUCCAAACAGGUAGGAUUUAAUAAACAGAUUCUUAGUUCUGCGUCCCUUCCUGAGGGGUUUAUGUUUCUCGGUGGGGUGCAUAAAGUGUGAUGAGACAACGGUCACUAAGAAAUGUUUGUCAGAUUUCGAUUGAUUUACGCAUGGGCCUUAUGAAAUAUGAUCAAGCACUUGGUUGUGAUUACUUCUCCUUCAUGAACAUCUGCUCACCUUUCAUUCUGAAUAUCUGAAUUUCGAGAAGCAGGUAUUAAGUUGGACUAAUUCCAGUGAAGGUCUGAAGGUCACAGAUGAGCAGAAUUAUACUACUUUAUUUCACAAGACUAUUUCAAGAACAGAUACUAUUGGCAAACAUGUAUCUACAAUGUUCUGUUUUGAAAUGUAAAUAUAUUCAAAUGUAACAAAAUGCAUAAUAAAUAUGUAGUAAUAGGUAAAACUGUAAUAAUACCAAAAUAUGUAAAAUAAAAAUGCUUUUAUUGCAUUCAGAAUGAUUUGCUAACUCUAAAAAUAAAUUAUGUAUUGGCAUGAAAAUCCGUUCCCUUUUUAAAAUCAAAAGCUUUCCAGAAGGAAUCAAACUCAGCAGGAAUCAUUUAACAUCAAUAUGGGAGAUCAUUCAAGAAAAGAAAUGGGUUCCUGAGGAGAAAAAUUUAUAUUUGUGCCACACACACGAUUCCUAAACAAGAAUAAAGUGUGCUAAAACUUGUGGUGCUAACACAGCACAUAUUUUCUUGCAUUAUUUGUAAUGGCUCCCCAAUAUAACACUACUAUAUGAACCUGCAAAAGUGUUUUCAAC